AUGCCAUCCAAUUUCCCGGAUGUCGUGGAUUUUGGUGACGACGGUUGGGACCGACUGUCACACAUGUCUUUACUUCCAUCAGCGAACUCGCUGAACACGGGCUUCAGUGGUGGAACUUCAGCCGUGCGCCUUCAAGGAAGGCUUCUCAGCUUCGAGAUAGACGAGUAUUUGAUCAGGCGCUGUGUUGCACGAGGACGCAAAACCACUUUCACUACUGGCAUGGGCGAGCAACAUUGGCGCUUCGAGCUGGGGGGCGUAGUCGUCAUCACGAAUGCAGACCGACCAGGGGGCACAGUGCAAGCCGUGCACUUCGAGGCAGGUUUCGUCUCCAGGCAGGAGCAGGAUAGCGCCAAGGUAAAGUACGAGCAACUUCUGGAGCUCUUGGAGAAAGCCUUGGACGACAAUGACGUUAUCUGCGCAUUGGACGAGACCUUCAAUCUUGAUCUGCUCAAUGUGGAGAGUUCCCUUGUACCGCUGUUGCUUCAGAAUCCAGCAGACUGCCCAUUGCUGCAGCACUGCGCGAAGCAAGGAUGGGCGGCAGCAGUGAAAUGGCUUGUUGAGCAUGGCUUUCGUGAUGGCCUGGGCUACCGCUGUAAGCACCAAAUGUCUGUGCUUCAUCUGGUGGCAUGGGAGGGUCAAACCAACGUGCUAGCAGUCCUCGAGGAGCUCGGCUGUGUCGAGCAGCUAUGUGACAUACCCAAUGCUUUCGGUGAGCUGCCGGAGCUCAGUGGCUUCAUUCGUUCGCAGCAGCUGGCAUUGGAGACCGGCAGUGAUGUGACAGCAGUGCAGCAAGCCUGCUUGGAUGUGGCACUAGCUUGUCGACGGGUACGCACCAAAUCGCCAUGCUGCAGCUGCCGCGCCUUUGUUGAGGAGGCAAAUGCGCAGCUUUCCUCAGCUUCCUCGCUGUCAGAGGUUCUUCUACCGGUGGGCGUCGAAGCCCAGGCCAUCCAACGGCACCUGCAGGGACCGCUACUGUGUUCGGACUUCGUCUCCAGGUACGUGGACUUACCAUCCGUCCUUCCUUGCGUCCUCGAGAUCUUGGUGACAAAUGUCAACCUGGAGCGUUUGGUGCUCGAGUACUGCUGCCUGGGAGCAGGGUCGGCGACACCGUUGAAGCACUUCUUAGACAGCUUGCCGCACAGGCUUGCCUUCUUUGAGCUUGGUGGCAACCCGUUGCGUGAUGAGGGGCUUCGAGCGCUCCUGCCAAGCAUGCAUGGCAAAGUCCUGAGCCUCAACAUCAGUGGCACAGGUAUGACGACGGCAAUGCUGAAGGAAGUGUCAGCUCUUGUGCGAGACGGAGGCAUUGAGAAAAUCGCUUUGGCCGCAAACGACCUGGCAGAAAUUGGGCCACCAGCACAGUGUCAUGGCAUGAGGACAUUGUCGGAAGGGAUAUCGUCGUCGCCUUCCUUACGGUCUGUGGAUCUCAGCAAGACACGUCUCUCUCCGGGGCAGCUCCAGCACCUUGCACAAGCUAUCCGCACUGCCCCUGCGCUGGAGACAGUGACUCUGGUUGCUAUCAGCAUGGCGAUGGAGUUCGGCCGCACUGACGGCAAGAAUCCGUUCAUCGCUUCUCUGCGAGAUCCACUGUGCAGCGUACUUCGUCUGGAAGUUUCGGUGCUGGAGUACCCAGAGCUUUGGGGUGCCUGCAUGAAGGCCAAAAAGGAGAGAAUGAAAGGCAAAGGAAAGGGCACCGGCGGCAAAGGCGUGCUGUCCGGAGGCAAGGGUGGCAAGCCAAAGGGAGUCAGGGGUGCAGGGCCCAGUCGCGCAGCUGGGAAAGGAGAAAGGAACAUUCAGAACAAUGCACAGAUCCUAAGCUUGCCAGCAGACUUGGUGGCAAGACUCAAGGACAUCAGCCAGACUCAUCCCGAUCGUGACAGACGAGCUUUUUUCAGCACCGAGCUCUUCGGCAUUACGGCUGACCUUGCUGCAGACACAGAGCUGAGCCAGGGGGCCAUUGGGAAAGCCUUCAGGAUCCGUCUUGAAUGCAAGACCAGGGUGGAGUCCACCUUGUCCACCCUCAGUGGCAAGUCUGUGAAGAACCAGCCCGGCUAUGUCGCAUGCACUCAGCUGCAGCCACAUUCAGAGCCCUUCACGGCUUUGGAGUCUAUCUGCUUGGUCAUCUACAGGCCGAAGACAGCCGACAUCCUCUUGGUGCCUGAGUGGACCAAGGCGGCACAUUUGUUCCGAAGUCGUUUGGACGACUUCGUCCUGGAUGCAGGCUACGUACUGCAAGAUCGUUUCGGCGUCAGUCGCAAGACUCUUCGACGUCUGUGUGCUGAAGAAGUGAUGCAGGGCAUCAGGCUCGAGGACUUUUCAGAUGAAGAAGUGCACAUCUUGGCCGGCCUCACAUCACCGGCGAACUAUGAGGCCUGGACGGGUCGAGCGCUCUUCUCGGCUAGGCAUCAGGUAGAAUUUCAGCGCCUCGCUCAGCUCGAGGUUGUACAGAAUCUGAUCCAGGGUUUCAAGGAUGAGGCCUCUAGAAGAGGGCUGGGAGAGACAUGCCCGGCUCCAAACUUGUGGUUGCCAUCGGAUUCACAUGCUGCUCAGCGCAUUGCUGGACGUGACUUCGAGCGACGGGUGGACUUGGAGUCAACCAUAAGCAGCUGCCUUUUCAAGUGGUUCACCGGCACCGUUGAGUGCUCUCAGGUGGCUGAUAGUGCAGAAGGUGUGGCUACCGCCAGCUUCGACGGCCAAUGGACGAAGAAGCUGUUGUCGGUGUGUGUACCUGAGUCCAUGAUUUUGGAUCAUGGCCAGAUACGCGGCAUGCGUGCCACUAACCGCCCACCCCAAUGGAAACAUGUGUCAUGCCUGGAAGAGGCUUUUCGUCAUCAUGCUCACUUUGGGCUUGCUGAUGCAGUGACCGAACUGGUCCGAGAGCGUGCUGCAUUCCAGCUUCAGUGGCUUCGGGACAGCCCGCAUGCCAGCUUGAAGCUGCGAAGGCGUUCCCCUGACAAUUUAUAA